CUUCGAACUUGUGGGGCAAGCAGAGGAAAGAGAAGAAAGAAACAUAAAACAAGAAUUUGAUUUGAUGGGGGUGGGGAGUAUUGGGCAACCAUUCGAAAAAUUGGUGGCUUGGGAUUCAUUUACGAUCGGCUCUCAGAUUCUUUGUCCACUAAAUUACAGAUUUUAUGGAUUGUAAUUGCCCGCCUUUCUCAACUAAACUACUCCAUAUUCACUUCCCUCCAUCUCCGCCCUCUGCAUUUGAUCUUCAUCUGCAUCUUCACCAGGUCAAUGAAGUGCCUCUUAUAUGGAAAUUCUAUGAUGGUUCAGUCAUGUUGACGGUACAUUCUCCGGGAGCUAACAAGAAAUUUCUGGCAUGUCUAGACUCUAUUCCGCUGCCUGAGGCAUCUCAUGCUAAUUCCCUUAUUUGUAGUACCUCAGUUUCUCUGUGCCCUCUAAAGAGUUCUUGCAACACCAUUUUACACAAUCCCUCAUCUUUCAAGAGGUGUACUCAAUUGAAUACUCAUUGUGUUUUGAACCGAUUCGCUUUCAGAAGAUGGCUAUGCCGCUCAGAUAGUUCCGCACCUCCUUCAGAUGACGAGUUUCGCUCUUCGCGCAACAUAGCUAUCAGUUUGUUCAGACGAUAUCGGAACUUUGUUGAUCGAGGAGGAGGUGACAACCUAAAGGAUUUCAUCAGUGCUGGAGUGAAUGCAUAUGCACUUGGUUGUACUGAUGAAGGAUUAAGAAAAGAACUUAUUGAUAUGAAGGAAUCUGGUCUUGAAAUUGAAGUAAUGCAGAGUUUUGGUGGAAGCACUGGUUUGAAAUCCAAAAUUAUCUCAAGGGAGAUUGAAGAAUGCAUUCUAUGGUUGAGCAUUAUAUUCAUUACCAUCUUGUGUACACCACAACCAACUGUAGUUAGAUGGUCAUCAACACCUCCGGUGUCAGAUGAAGUAAGGCUUCAGUGGAAAGGCUUUUGUGCUCUCAUUGCCAAUGCAUAUUAUGUACGGGGCAUGGCAUGGCUGCCUGUAAAGACUCUACAACUUGAGCAAGUGGCAGUGGUGGGACGAGCUGAGGAACCUUCAAUAGUCGCUAGCCGAAUGCGCAUAGUGUUCAGUACGCUUGAGGUAGUUAGUCCACAAUGGCCUAAAGCAUGAUGCUACUUAACCAGAGAUCCUUCUGCCAGAAAACUUGCCUAGCUACCGCACCCCGAUUAAACUUGUAGAUUGUGGAUAAGUUGAACUCAACAUUCUCUCUGGCUCAAUUUAUAGUAAAUUUGUGUACUAUUCUUUAAGCAGUUCUCUUUCCUUUCAAAUGAUAUUUCUUGUUAAAGUUCA